AUGGAGGGCGCUGUCGAGCUCCCCGGCGAGGCCAACCCGCUGACUCCCCAUAACCUGUUCAACGCGCUGGUGGCAGCUGCAAGCUCGACACAGCAGCAGGUGCAGGUUGGUACCCAGCAACUGCAGCACUGGGAGAAACAGGAGGGCUAUUAUCCUCUGCUUCAGGACAUCUUCGUCGAUUAUUCCCUCCCGCUCGAAGUCCGCUACCUGUCCAUCAUCCAGCUCAAGAAUGGCAUCGACAAAUACUGGCGCAAAACCGCUACAAAUGCCAUCAAAAAGGAGAGCAAGGAUCGUAUCAAGACCAGGGCCCUUGAGGCUGGUAUCGUAGAGCCCGCACCGCUACUGGCCCUUCACAAUGCGUUGAUGAUCGCAAAAAUAAUGCGCUACGAAUUUCCUCAGGACUGGCCGGAUGCGAUGUCCUCGCUCAUCAAUGCUCUCCGUUCCUCUGUCCAGCCCGGCGCAAAUCCGCUCCAGUUGCCCCGGACGCUCCUUAUCUUACUGCAAAUAAUCAAGGAAUUGUCGACCGCACGGCUGCAACGGACCCGCGCCAAUCUACAGUCUGUGACUCCGGAAAUCUUUCAGAUCUUAGGGGGCAUAUAUGUCGAAAAGGUCAGCAGCUGGGGUACAUCCUUGGAGCAGGGCAACGCCAGUGAAGGAGCGGUGCUCGAGCCCCUCGAGCAGAGUUUGAUGUCCCUCAAGGUCCUCCGCCGUCUGGUCAUCGCUGGCUUUGAACAUCCAAACCGAGAGAAAGCGGUCCAGGGUUUCUGGGAGAUGACCCAUGCUCACUUCACCAAGUUCUACACCUUGGCCGAAGGAGCCACCGGUGUCUCGCCGACGAUCAGAAAACUUCUUGAAAAGCACGUCGUGCAAUUGUCAAAGCUACAUGUCGAAAUGGCCAAGUCGCAUCCCCCGUCCUUUGCGUUGCUGCCUGGCUGUGUCUCGCUGGUGAAAUCAUACUGGUCGGUGGUUGUGAAGCUCGGCGAAAUCUACGAGAACGAAAGUCCUGUCCAGAGCAGGCCCAGCGCCAGUGGUGACACGGAGCAAGAGACCAGUUUGAUUGAUCGGGUCGGACUGAAAGCGCUGCUCUUGAUCAGAGCUUGCGCGAAGAUGGCAUUCAAUCCUGCGCAGACCUUCAAAUAUCAGACACCACAGGACAAGGAAGAGAAGAAGGAAUCGAUUGAACUGAUUAAAUCCCAAUUAUUUACGCAGGAUUUUGUGAUCAACGUCAUGGAGCUUCUGGUCACUCGAUUCUUCCGGUUCCGGAAGACCGACUUCCAGGAGUGGGAAGAGGAGCCUGAAGAGUGGGAGAAAAAGGAGGAGGAGAUCUCCGAUGCGUGGGAGUUUUCCAUUCGAUCCUGCGCCGAAAAGCUGUUCCUUGAUCUGGUGAUCAAUUUCAAAGAAUUACUGGUUCCACGGCUCUUAAAUGUCUUUUACAAUUUUGCAAAUCCGCAAAACCGCGAUGUCUUGCUCAAAGACUCGUUGUAUUCUGCCAUUGGAUUGGCCGCGGCCAGCUUGGAGCAGCAGUUGGAUCUUAAGGCAUUCAUAGAAUCGACCCUUGUUCCCGAGGUCCAGAUACAAGAACAAGGAUACAAUGUCUUGCGGAGGAGGAUCGCCAUCUUGCUGGGCCAGUGGAUACCGGUCAAGCCAGAAGAGCUGAACCGAACCUCGGUUUACCAGAUCUUUCAACAUCUGCUGAACAAGCAGGAUCCGAUGAACGAUCUGGUGGUUCGUAUCACGGCGGGAAGACAGCUUAGGAAUAUCCUCGAACCGUUCGAAUUCUCCCCUACAUUAUUCCUACCAUACGCUACCCCUAUCCUUCAAAACGUGAUGACACUUAUCCAAGAGGUCGAGCUCUCGGAGACUCGGAUGGGAUUACUGGAGACAGUCCGCGUUGCGGUGGUGAAGAUGGAAGACCAUAUCGCACCUUUUUCGGACCAGAUCAUGUCCCUACUGCCGCCGCUAUGGGAGCAGUCUGGGGAGGAACAUCUGAUGAAGCAGGCUAUCCUGACCCUGCUCUCAUCGCUGAUUAAUGCGCUGAAGCAGGACUCGGUGAAGUACCACGCAGACAUCCUGCCGCUGAUCCGAAAUUCGAUAGAACCAGGUUCGGAAACUCUUGUGUACCUCUUGGAUGAAGCGCUCGAGCUCUGGUCCGCUAUUAUCUCUCAGACUCCGGCCCCUGCUUCUCCAGAUCUUCUGUCCCUUCUGCCCGGUCUUUUUCCUAUCCUCGAGGCCGCUACGGACAGCGCGCCGCUGGCUCUCCAGAUUGCGGAGAGUUACAUUCUCCUCGCUCCUCAGGAAGUGCUCAGCGACCAGAUACGCUUCCGACUCCUUGUUUCGUUCGAAUCGCUCCUCUCCGCCGUCACAAAGCAGCGCAUCGGCGUCGUCCCGCAUCUGGUGGAGAUGCUGAUCCGCGCGACCGAGACGAUCGACGGGGGAAGCGAGAACUCCUACAACGUCAUCGCAAAGUCCCUCAUCGACAGCUCAUUCCUGCCCUCGCUCUUAGACGGCCUUCACUCGGCCUACGAGUCCAGCCAGACGACGGGCCCGAAGAAGAAGACGUCUUCGGUCUACGGCGUCCUGGAGACGGACUACCUCAGCGUGCUGGCGCGACUCGCUCUGGGGAGCCCCCGAGUCUUCCUGUCGGCCAUCUCCGCCGCGACGGGGACGUCCGCGGAGCAGACGCUGUCCUGGCUGCUGACGGAAUGGUUCUUCCACUACGACAACAUCGGGCUCGUGACGCAAAAGAAGCUCCACACGCUUGCCCUUACGCAACUGCUGGCCAUCAACGGCUCCGACUCGCCGCCCCCAGCCUACCUCCUGAACCACCUCCAAUCCUACCUCACGAUCUGGACAGACAUCGUCACCGAACUCGCCGAGGGGACGGGCGAAGACCCAAACGACCCACGAGCGGGCGACUACCUGAUCUACUGGAACAACGAAACCAAAAACGCCGAAGGCGGCAGUGGCACGCAACCGCACCACGAGAACGAACCCCCGGAAACCACGCGCCGCCGCGACUGGGAAAACGCCGACAUCGUGCACCGCAUCAACAUCCGCGACUUCAUCAAGCAGCGCCUGCAGGCGGUGAUCGUGGGCUGCGGCGGCGAGCAGCGGUUCCAGGAGGAGUGGCUCGUCAACGUCGAUCGGGAGGUGACGAGUGCGUUUGGCGCGUUGGGGAUUUUGUGA